AGCUGCGGGCUCCUUGCAGCCGCUGGGUGCCGGGACUGAGUUAGUCAGGGUCUCAGCCCUUCCUUACUAAUGUUUAACCCAGGGCUGAAAACUUGGGAGCGACCUGUGACAUCGCGCCGGGAGAAAGCGAAAAAGAGAGCGCCCGCUUCUCACCUCUUACUUUUGCUUUCUGCCUUGGCUCUGGGAAGACCAGCUUGAGGGGUGUUCCAGACAAUGAAGGGAGUAUGGAAGGGUCUCUUAGGGUUGCUGGGCGCUACUGCAAUCAUUACCAUCAUAACUGUUCCAGCGGUUUUGCUGACCAAAAAAAAAGAGGAAACUGACCAUCGGAAAACCUAUUCCUUGAAUGAUUAUUUAAAAAGCACUUAUCGGAUAAAGUCCUACCCUAUAAGGUGGAUUUCAGAUUCUGAAUAUCUUCAAAAAAGAGACAACAAUAUCUUGAUGUUUAAUGUUGAAAUGGAAACCAGUCAUGUUAUCGUGGAUAACAACACCUUAGAUAAUCUUGGGUAUGCCAUAACUCAUUAUUCUGUCUCUCCUGACCGGAAAUAUGUACUUUUUGAGUACAAUUAUGAUGAGACUUGGAGGCAUUCAUACACAGCUUCGUAUGACAUUUAUGAUUUAACUACAAGGGAGAUCAUUAAAGAAAAUAAAAUCCCUGAUGUCACACAGAGCAUCUCCUGGUCACCAGUUGGCCACAAACUGGCAUAUGUUUGGAAUAAUGAUGUUUAUAUAAAAAAUGAACCACAUUUAUCAGCUGUGAGGAUCACUCGUGAUGGACAACAUAAUGUUAUAUUUAAUGGAAUAACUGAUUGGGUUUAUGAAGAGGAAGUCUUUAGUGCUUACUCCGCUAUGUGGUGGUCUCCAGACGGCACUUUUCUAGCAUAUGCCCAAUUUAAUGAUACAAAAGUUCCUCUCAUGGAAUACUCCUUCUAUUUUGAUGAAUCAUUCCAGUACCCGAAGACUAUUCAGCUUCCAUAUCCAAAGGCUGGAGCACCGAAUCCAACUGUAAAGCUAUUUAUCGUUGAUACAAGAACCAUCAGUGAAACAAAUGUGACUUCAGAACAGAUUAUAGCUCCUGCCUCUGUGUUAACAGGUGAUCACUACUUGUGUGAUGUGACAUGGGUGAAUGAUGAAAGGAUUUCUCUUCAGUGGCUCAGAAGGAUUCAGAAUUAUUCGGUCAUGGAUUUUUGUGACUUCCAGAAUGAUAUAAGAAAAUGGGAUUGUCCAGUGGAUCGACAAAAGAUUGAAACGAGUUCUUCUGGUUGGGUUGGAAGAUUUAGGCCUUCAGAGCCUCACUUUGCCACAGAUCAUCAUAGCUACUACAAGGUUGUCAGCGAUGACCAUGGCUAUAAACACAUUUGUCAUUUUGUUAUUAACACGAAACAAAAAACAUUUAUAACAGAAGGAAAAUGGGAAGUAAUUCAGAUAGAAGCUCUCACUGAUGAAUAUCUAUACUACAUCAGUAAUGAAUACAAGGGCAUGCCAGGAGGAAGACACCUUUAUAGACUUGAUCAUAAUGGAACAAAGACAUGCAUUACCUGUGAUUUUCAACCAGAAAGAUGUCAGUAUGUUUCAGUAUCAUUUAGUCACAAGGCAAAGUAUUAUCAACUGACAUGUUCAGGCCCUGGCCUUCCCCUUUACACUCUGCACAGCAGUAGCAAUUUUACAGUUCUUGCAGUGCAGGAAAAUAACACAGAAUUGAAUAAUAUGUUGAAGGAAGUCCAGAUGCCCACAAAAGAAAUUAACUUCCUUACAAUGAAUAAUACAAAGUUUUGGUACCAGAUGAUUUUGCCUCCACAUUUUGAUAAAUCCAAGAAGUACCCUCUCCUAAUUGAUGUAUAUGCAGGACCUUGUAGUCAAAAAGUUGAUACUACCUUCAGACUCAGCUGGUCUACUUAUCUGGCUAGCACGGAGAAUAUUAUCGUUGCUAGCUUUGAUGGCAGAGGAAGUGGCUAUCAGGGUGAUGAAAUCAUGCAUGCAAUUAAUCGAAGAUUGGGAACAUUUGAAGUAGAAGAUCAAAUUGAAGCAGCCAGACAAUUCUCCAAAAUGAACUUUGUGGAUGAAAAACGAAUUGCAAUCUGGGGCUGGUCCUAUGGCGGCUAUGUCUCCUCAAUGGUCCUAGGAUCCGGCAGUGGUGUCUUCAAAUGUGGAAUAUCUGUAGCACCUGUAUCAAGAUGGGAUUAUUAUGACUCAGUCUACACAGAGCGCUACAUGGGACUUCCAACCCCAGAAGACAAUAUUGAUAGCUACAGGAAUUCAACAGUCAUGAGCAGAGCUGAAAAUUUUAAACAAGUUGAGUACCUCCUUAUUCAUGGAACAGCAGAUGAUAAUGUUCAUUUUCAGCAGUCAGCCCAGAUCUCCAAAGCCCUCGUCGAGGCCGGUGUGGAUUUCCAGGCAAUGUGGUACACAGAUGAAAAUCAUAGCAUUGGGAGCAACGCAGCACACCAACAUAUAUAUACUCACAUGAGCCACUUCCUAAAACAGUGCUUUCAUCUCUCUUAGCACCCAAGUGUCUCACUUUGUAUUUCUUUUUUAGCUUAUUAAAUAGCUAUUUUUUUUCUCAUUACCCAAAACUGUACUGUGUCAGUAUAACUAUCUUGGGGAAAAUAAACUAAAAUCAAGAAAUGUAAGGGUAUUUUUGUUCCUGAAUUCCAUACAUACAACAUGAAGUCAACAUUUAAGUGGAAUUCUUUCUUGCCAACGUACUAUUGCAUUGCAGCAUUUUGGAUAUAUUCAGUGGGAUUUUGUUUAGCAUCCAGAUCAUUUACAUGUCAUCUGCUAAAACAAAAAGGAGAUAUGAAUUGUUCAUGUGCUACUUUUACACGAGAUCAUUGGCCUGUUCCCCUGUCCCCAACUGGCCUCAUGCAGACAUUGUGAAUCUUGGUUAAAAGAGUGGAAAGAUGGCAAAAUGAGUCCAGUGAAGUAGCAGAAAGAGGGAUUCUGCAGGGGAGCCUCACCUAAACAUUCAGUCCCAAUACAUGCUAACUUGCAUAUACCACUGAAUAUGGCUACAGAGUAGAGACCAGCCAGAUAGUUGUCAUCUUCAUGCAAAAACAGCACAGUUUUCCCAGGAAGAAAAAUAGAUUUGAAAAGGUUUUUCCCCGAGUUAACUGACAAUAAUAGCACGGGUUCUAAACAAUCGGAGGGCUCUGAAUAAUUGUCAAUAAUUGGGAGCACCUUGGGGGUAUUUCUGGUUAGAGGUGCUAUGAAAACAAGUAGCUCUGUGGAAAUGGUUCCCCCCUCCACCACCAUUUUUUUAAUGUGUUUAAAAAAUACCCACAGUAAUGUUUCAUAAAUGAAAAGACCUUUCUCAAACAUGAAACACAGCUUGGAACUUGGAUGGAAGCCCAUCAACUUGCCCAUUUAAAAGAUGAAACUAAUUGUGUUGCAAAUCCUAACUUGAAGGAAGUACUUGCAUCAAUUUGAAUUUUUCAUCAGUUUCCUUGAUGUUCUUAAUUAAGGAGCAAUUUACCCAUCUCAGAUUCCCUUUGAGCAAUAUGAAAUAAGUUGAAUGUUAUGCAUUAUUGUCUGUUCACUAGACUAUAAAAUUUUCCCGUCAUUUAAUAAGUAUGUCUUUGGCAUUUCAGAGGUAAUGAGUAUGUCCCUAAUCAGAUCUAAGUCAUAUUGGCAUGUGGCCACCCUACAAGGCUCUGCUUUGCUUUGUUAACGUUUCCCAGAUUACCUAUUAAACAAAUGGAAAGAUUCAAGCUGUUUUUUUUUUUAAUACAAAGCACAAAAUUUGUAAUUUAAUAAAACAGUUCAUGGUA